AUGUACUCCAUCCGCAGUCUGCCAACAAUGCGAUACAGGGAUCAAAAUGAGGAGGAUGGGAUGGAGGACAUGACACAGCUCGAAGAGCUAAAUGAGGUUACUGUGCUGUUAAAUCUGAAGAAAAGGUUUGAUCGAGACUUGAUUUAUGCGUACAUUGGCAGCAUCCUCGUGUCUGUAAAUCCCUAUAAGAUGUUUAAUAUCUACGGGACGGACAUGGUCCUGCAGUACGACGGGCACGCACUGGGAGAGAACCCCCCUCAUUUGUUUGCUAUUGCAAGUACUUCUUACACUAGAAUGAUGGAUGCCAAAGAGAACCAGUGCAUUAUUAUAAGUGGGGAAAGUGGAUCAGGCAAGACAGAGGCGACCAAGCUUGUCCUGCGAUAUUUGGCUGCGAUACAUCACAAGGGUAACAUCACACAGCAGAUUGAGAUUCUUGAAGCAGCUCCACUUUUGGAAUCGUUUGGGAAUGCCAAAACAGUCAGGAACAAUAACUCAAGCCGAUUUGGAAAAUACGUGGAGAUCUUUUUGGAGGAGGGUGUGAUCAGUGGUGCCAUAACCUCACAGUAUCUACUUGAGAAGUCCAGGAUUGUGUUUCAGGCCAAAAAUGAGAGAAACUAUCACAUUUUUUACGAGAUGGUUGCAGGUCUUCCUUCCAAGCAAAGACAGUCAUUCUACCUUCAAGAGGCAGAGACUUACUAUUACCUUAAUCAGGGAGGCAACUGUGAGAUUCCGGGGAAGAGUGAUGGGGAUGACUUCCUUAGGAUCGUCAGCGCCAUGGAGAUCCUCAAUUUCAGUGUCGAAGACCAAGACAGCAUCUUCAGGGUCCUUUCAUCCAUACUGCACCUGGGGAAUGUCUUCUUUGAGAGAUACGAGGCCAAUUCCCAGGAGACAGCAUCGGUGGUUAGUGCUCAGGAGAUCCGCGUGGUAGCAGAACUGCUUCAGAUCUCUCCAGAAGCCCUGCAGAAAUCCAUCACCUUCAAAGUCAUGGAAACAAUGAGAGAAAAGAUAUUCACCCCUCUGACGGUGGAAAGUGCAGUUGAUGCCAGAGAUGCAGUUGCCAAGAUCUUGUACUCCCUUCUAUUCAACUGGCUCACAGACAGGAUAAACAAGCUGGUUUACCCAAGGAACGAGGCUCUGUCUAUCUCCAUUCUUGAUAUUUACGGAUUUGAGGACCUCUCCUUUAACAGCUUUGAACAGCUUUGCAUCAAUUAUGCCAACGAGUAUCUGCAAUGCUUUUUCAAUAAGAUAGUUUUCAAGGAGGAACAGGAGGAAUACAUCAGAGAGCAGAUCAGAUGGCAGGAAGUCACUUUCAGUGACAACCAGGCCUGCAUUGACCUAAUUGCUGCAAAGCCCCAUGGGAUACUUCGAAUCCUUGAUGACCAGAGCUUGUUCCCUCAGGCAACCGACCACACCUUCCUUCAGAAAUGUCACUAUCACCAUGGCAACAACCCCCUUUAUGUAAAGCCAAAGAUGCCCCUCCCUGAAUUCACCAUUAAGCACUAUGCAGGAAGAGUCACCUAUCAGGUCUACAGGUUUCUGGACAAAAACUACGAUCAGGUUCGGCAGGAAGUCCUUGAUCUCUUCAUUCACAGCAAAAACCGGAUGGUGGCGAAUCUCUUCAUGAACCACUUAGAGUUCCUCAGCCAGCAGAAGAUGCACAUGAAGAAGAACAGCACGGUGACACGGCGCCAGCAGCCAUCCACGGUGGCAGCAAAGUUCCAGCAGUCCCUCCUGGAGCUGGUGGAGAAGAUGGAGAGGUGCAACCCGUUUUUUGUACGCUGCAUAAAGCCAAACAAUAAAAAGGAGCCCGGUAUGUUUGACAUGGACUUGGUCAGCGCUCAGUUACGUUACUCUGGAAUUUUGGAGACUGUCCGAAUCCGGAAAGAAGGAUACCCCGUCCGCAUGCCCUUUGGAAUUUUCCUCAACAGGUACAAGGCCCUGCUCGGCCUGAAACAGCCCCCUCCCCCCGAGGGAGAGAACUGUGUGGCCAUGCUGAUGAAACUCUGUCCGGUCAAGGCAGGGGCCUACCAAGUCGGAGUCACCAAGCUCUUUAUGAAGGAGGAGGUGUACCAGCUGCUGGAGAGUAAGCGGGACCGCGUGAUGCAUGUGGCGGCCCUCACUCUGCAGCGCUACACCCGCAUGUUCUUCGUGCGGAAGCGAUUCGUCUCCUUCCGCAUGAAGAUCAUCCGGCUGCAGGCCCACUGCCGGGGCCACCUCACCAGGAAACGAUACGUGAAGAUGAGGCAGAGCUUAAUCAAGUUCCACUCCUUGAUCCACAUGUAUGUCAACCGCAAGAGAUACCUCAAGAUGAAAGAGGAAGCAAGGAGACAAGCCGAAGAAGAGAGGAAGAGGAUUGAAAUGGAGCUGACAAGGCGAGAAGUGAUCAACGUCACCCACCUGGUCAUUCCAGCCGAACUGGGCACGUUACUGCAGGCUGCAGCAGGAGGUAGAGAGCUGCAUUCUGAUUGUCUGGCCCUGGUCCAAGCCCCGAGGAUACAGGUGGAAUCUCAGCUCACUCUACCGCUAGAUAUCAACAACUACCCCAUGUCCAAAUACGUCCAGGUCCAUUUCCGGGAGCCUAAAUUUGGGAUGUUGACGGCCCCCCUUGAGAUGCCACUGACACGUGUGGAGGAGGAUUUACGACGGGAGGCUCUCGAUGUCUUUGUAAUGGUGUUAAGGUUCAUGGGUGACCCUCACCUGAACGGGGCUCAGGAGAACCUGUUUGGGAAUUACAUCAUUCAGAAGGGCCUGUCCAUGCCAGGGCUGAGGGAUGAGAUUUUGUCUCAGAUUGCCAAUCAGGUCUGCAGGAACACCAACAACGUCAACUCAGAGAGAGGGUGGCUACUUAUGCUGGCCUGCCUCAGUGCUUUUGCGCCAUCCCCCAAAAUGGAGAAGUAUCUCCUGAAGUAUGUGUCAGAUUACGCCUACAAGGGAUACCAGGCCAUUUGCCAGCACAGGCUCAUCCAAGCCAUGCAGAAGUCCAAGUAUGGUCCCGAGACCGCCAGGACCUAUCCGCUCUCUCUGCUGGAGUGGACAGCCAAUAGGAAAAAAGCAAGCAUGGUGCUUCAAGUGCACUGCUUUGACGGGGCCUCCUUUCUGUGUCCCCUUCACUCCUGGACCAGUGGAGAAGACCUGGCUGGGGACAUCCUGCAGCACAGGGGCGUGGCGGAGGGCUGGAGGGGCUGCUCUGUCCUCAUGAAGGAGUACGGCCAAUGGGUGGAGCUCGCGGGGCACGAUUACGUCAUGGACCUCAUUUCCGACCUGGAGCUGAUGACAGGAUUCCCCAGACAGAAGUCCUACUUCAUCAUUUCCUCAGAGGGGCCGUCCCGAACGAGACCCAGCACCAGCCUAACCCUGUUUGGAGCUGCUUUUGAUUCGGAUGAGGACAGCCCCCUCUCUUAUGGCAUGAGACACCAGGCCCCUCCCAGUUCCAGCCUGCCUGACUCAGAUGGGUACUACAGCCACGUGGAGUCUGACAAUUUGAGCGACGCCCCCACCCAGAAGGGCAUGGAUCGUUACCUAGACAGUCUCUUUGACCCGGUACUCUCUGAUGGCAGUGGGGACCCAGACAAGGCAGCCAGUGUGUCCAGCAGGAUGAAGGGAGCCGGAGGGAUCGGAGCGGGAGACGGGGAGAGGACGCAGCACGGUGCCAGGACCCAUCGCCCCGUGCCCAUGCCCGGUGGUACCGAACAGAGUGUGCUGGCACAGCAACAGCAAGCUAUCAUCAACCAACAAGCGAUUAUUCUGGCACAGCAGAUGACCAUGCAGGCCAUGGCGCUACAGCAGCAGAUGUAUGCCCCCGUGGGCAGUCCCCCGACCAGCCCUGUGACCAGCCCCUACGCCAGCCACCCCUCCAGCCCCCAGUUUCAUCACUACCCCCCUGCCAGAGCGCACCCCCUGCCCCGAGCCAACGUCCCAUCUCCAACCAAGACUGGGACAAGCCCGACCCGCUCCAUCCCACCAGAGGACGUGGUGAAAUCCUCCGUCUCCAACUCAGAGUACAUCGAGCCCACUCACAACAUCAAGGACAUCAUCAAACAGUACCAGCCAGCUGUCCCGGGCCAGCCUGUCGAAGUACCCAGGAAGGAACCAAAGGUGUUCAUGAGGAAGCCAGACCCUCAUGAUGAGGCCAUGGUGAUUCUGAAAGGACAGAUGAGUACUCAGCCUCCACAGAAAAAGAAGCCCUCUGCUCCCUCUUCAUAUGCUUCCACCCCUGCUGUCACUCCAACCAAGGUCCACAGAGAUGAUGCCACCAUGAAGAAACCACCGGCCAAGAGCAUCAAGGCAAAGAAGCCCCAGCCCCCAAUGCCAGCGAUCUCUCAGAGGGCCCCACCCCCAGCACCAGUGUCCAGGGAGCUCCCAGUUGAGAAGGAGACCAUCCAGACCCAGCUCCACAGGAGGAGCAGUGAGGAGCAUUACACCUACACCAACGUGCCCUGGAAGAUUUACCUGAGGAAGGAGGUUUUCUACCCAAAAGACAGUUUUAACAAUCCACUGGUUCUGGAUCUCAUCUUUAAACAGAUUGUCCAUGACACAUUUUCUGAGGCUUGCAUCCGUAUUACCAAGGAGGAACGGCAGAAAAUGAAAGGUCUGUUUGCGGAGAACCAGAUUGAGCAGAGCUCUGACAUCCAGGAUGAGGGGGUGAAGAAGAAGGUUGUCACUGCCGCCAGGGACUCCUGGGAGAUUUACUUCUCGCGCCUGUUCCCGGCCUCUGGCAGUGUGGGUACUGGAGUGCAGGUCCUGGCCGUGUCACACAGAGGGAUCAAGCUGCUGAAGUUGGUGAAGAGCAGCUCCGCUGCCCCAGAUUACUUCAGAGUCCUGCGGCCAUACAGCUACACGGACAUCAUGUUCGUCACAAUUCCCUCCAAGAAUAUGCUGGAGCUCAAUCUGACCAACGAGAAGCUAAUUCUGUUCUCCGCCAAAGCCCCGCAGGUCAAAAACAUGAUCGACUUCUUCAUCACUGAGCUCAAGAGGGACUCAGCCUACGUGGUCGCGGUGAGAAACUACAUCACAGAUGACAGAACGCUUCUGAGCUUCCAUAAGGGUGACAUCAUUCGAUUGCAGACCAUGGAGGGCCUAGAUGAAGGACAGUACUAUGGGUGCAUUGUUAGAAAGAAGGUGAUGUUCCUGGAGGAGUUAAAGAAAGACGCGUUAGACUUCGGCUGGAAGUUUGGAGCGAUCCAUGGUCGUUCGGGGGUCUUCCCGGCCGAGUUUGUCCAGCCAGUAGCCCCUCCCGAUUUCAUCAACCUCCCCGUGGACAAGAAGGAGGAACCCAAGAACAAGCAGGGUCGGGUGGCCGCGUCCGCUGCGGUUGCGGUGGCAGUAGGUUCCACGGUUGCUGCCCACGAGCUGGACCGCACUAUUGAGGUGGCGCCUGCUGGCAGUGAAUACACGGAGGCUUACAGUGACUACAGUAAUGUGGAGGUUGACGAGAUGAUUCUACAAGACAGCCAAUACAACAUGGUGGAGUUUGCCAAGAAAUACUUCAGGGAGGCACAGAGAAAAAAUAGUGAUUCAUAUAAACAGAAGUCAAAGAAAGGCAAGGACAGAGAACCUUCUGAUAUGGUGAAAUUUUCCAAGUCCCCAAUUCAGGAGUCAUUAAUAGAUUUCACAGAUGAGAAUAUGAACAAAGUGGCAGCAGACAUUUUCCUAGCUAUGAUGAAGUUUAUGGGAGAUUACCCUCUCAAAGGGCAGACAGAGCAUGAUGUCAUCUGCACCAUUCUGAAGCUCAGUGGAGAGCAUGGACUGAUGAGAGAUGAAGCGUACUGCCAGGUCCUCAAGCAGAUCACGGCCAACAUCAGCUCAAAAACGGAUAGCUGUCAGAGGGGCUGGAGAUUGCUGUACAUCCUGACAGCCUACAACUGCUGCUCUGAGGUGCUGAAGCCCUUCCUCCUCAAGUACCUUCAGGAUGUCUGCAGGAGUCCAGGGGUGCACUACCAAGGGAUCGCUAAAGCCUGUGAACAGAACCUGAGGAAGACUUUCCAGUAUGGUGGGCGCAUUGAGUUCCCCAGCAGCAUGGAGCUGAAGGCCAUGGUGGCGGGGCGAAGCUCUAAGCGGCAGCUCUUUCUCCUCCCAGGCGGGAUCGAGCGGCAUCUUAAAAUCAAGACCUGCUCGAUUGCUCUUGAUGUCAUUGAGGAGCUAUGCUAUGAGAUGGGUCUGCAUAGACUGGAGGCCUUGGAUGAAUAUGCCAUCUUUGUGGUCACAAGCAGAGGUCAAAAUGUCCGCCCACUGACUAAGAGGGAGUACAUUCUGGACCUAGCCACUGAGGCGGAACCAAUCGACAGCAACUACAGCUUCUGGUUCAGGAGAGUGAUCUGGUCCCAGCCACUGAAGUUUGACAACGAGCUGUAUGUCACCAUGCAUUACAACCAGAUUCUCCCAGACUACCUAAAGGCUCUGCUGAACGUGCUACCCCAGGGAAAGGUCAGCGAGCAGCAGUUUCAGCAACUGUCCAAGUUGGCCGCCCUACAGCACCGCGCCAAAGACAGCAUCUACCUCCCCACUAUCCGUGAGAUCCAGGACUAUGUCCCCCCACAGCUCUAUGGGCAGCAGCGUCCGCAGCAGUGGCUGAACAUGGUGACCCAACACAUGCAACAGGUCCAGGUCCUGAGCCCUCAUCAGGCCAGAGCACAGUUCCUGGGUCUGGUCAGCGCCUUCCCCAUGUUCGGCUCCUCCUUUUUCUACAUCCAGAGCAGCAGUAACAGCACCAUCAUAGCCCCCUGCGUACUGGCUGUCAAUCAGAACGGGCUGAACUUCCUCAACAGAGACACACAUGAGCUGAUGGUGAAGUUCCCUCUUAAGGAGGUGCAAUCUACACGCACACAGAGACCCACAGCAGGCUCCAGUUUCCCGUACGUGGAGAUCAUGCUGGGGGACCUGAUGUCCCAGCGUAUCACUCAGCUCCAGCUGGAGCAGGGGCUGGAGCUGUGUCGUGUUAUUGCCAUGCACAUGGAGACCAUGCUGUCUGUGCGGGAGAAGAGGCUCACACUGCCCCCCAGUGAGAUCACCCUGCUGUGAUGGCCCUGGAAAAGACCAUCUGCUAAACGAUGAAAGUGUAAAUGUAAAUGUAAUAGGCACAGCGGGCCACUUCAGUCCAACUUACAUUCUGAACUAUAUGGUACUGCAGAAGAGGUGAAAAGCCACUGUAACUUCACUGUAACAAAAGACACAUUUCACAAUUCAACUACCUCCUGGCUGGAAAAAGAUAUCUUGUUAUCUUAGCUCUGCUUGCACAUGCUGAAGUUAGCUUUAGAAUGAGCCCUCCGACAUCCCUCUCUCCAUCCUGCAACCAGUCUGAUCUAUCCCAUACACUGUUAUUUCAUCCCGUUAGUCUCCCUUUAUCCAUUUAUCCAA